UGGGAGUAAGCGAGCAGGACAGCAGGUGGACAGCAGCGGCAGCAACAGCACUGCCCUGUCCCUCUCGGCCCGCCAUAUGCCCCCACAGGGCCGUGCCGAGGGCCAUGAGGCUCUGGUGCAUAGAGAGUUACAGCUGGGGCCCCUCCCAGUCUCCAGGGUACUGUCCCUUAGCAACAGCCCGGCCGGGCAGGACACACUGCCAACGCUGGGCAGAGCAGGCAGGAGGCAGGCGGAGCGGCUACUCGGACUCCAGGACAGACGAAGGCCAGGUGAGUGAGCGGGGACACCCGGCCCGUAGGCUGGUUGCCGAGCGGGAGCCCCUCCAGAUCUCUCUCCCAUCCAGCAGCUCAGGGAGCCCUGACCCAUCAUGGAUGCUGUGGACGCCACCAUGGAGAAGCUCCGGGCCCAGUGCCUGUCCCGAGGGGCCUCGGGCAUCCAGGGUCUGGCCAGGUUUUUCCGCCGCAUGGACCGGGAUGGGAGCCGGUCCCUGGACGCAGGGGAGCUCCAGCGGGGCCUGGCCAAGCUGGGGCUGGUGCUGGACACGGCCGAGGCACAGGGCGUGUGCAGGCGCUGGGACCGUGACGGCGGCGGGACGCUGGACCUGGAGGAGUUCCUGCGGGCGCUGCGGCCCCCCAUGUCCCAGGUCCGGGAGGCAGUCAUCACAGCCGCGUUCGCCAAGCUGGACCGCAGCGGGGACGGUGUGGUCACUGUGGAUGACCUCCGGGGAGUGUACAGCGGCCGCGCUCACCCCAGGGUGCGGAGCGGGGAGUGGACGGAGGAGGAGGUGCUCCGCCGCUUCCUGGACAACUUUGACUCCUCCGAGAAGGACGGGCAGGUCACGCUGGCCGAGUUCCAGGACUACUACAGUGGCGUGAGUGCCUCUGUGGACACGGAUGAGGAGUUUGUGGCCAUGAUGACCAGCGCCUGGCGGCUGUGAGCGGUCUCCUCCUGGCUCUGCUCAAGUGAACCCUGCCAGCACCCUCAUCCCUCCCUCGUGACUCCCCCAGGAAGCCAGGCAGCGCCCGGGUGGGGAAGCAAACUGCUCUUCUGUGAAGCAAGGCUCUGCACGGAGCGGCCGGUCUCGGAAGGCAGCCAAGCUCGGUCACCUGCCCAGGUGUGGAGUGUCGGGCGGGGCAGGCCAGGCUGCUGAGGAACCGUUCCUGGCCAGGUUGCCUGGCUUCCUGAGGCCCCUGGGGCACACAGGAGGCCAGAGUUUUAGUUAAAAGUUUUAAUGUAGUUCCCAAAUACAUUUCAUAUGACAAUCUUACAUAAAUGUUCCAAAACA